UCGGGCGUCAUAUAUAAUCCCCACUGAAGACUCUUCUCUCACCCAUCUCCGAACGCAGCCGAACGUAUCAGCCGUCCUGCGCUUCUCCUUAGCGAGUAGAGUAGACCUCCAUCUGUUGUUCUCAGCCGCCGGCGGAAGAGAAGAUGGCCUACGGGAUGAAGCCGACCAAGCCCGGUCUGGAGGAGCCGCAGCAGCAGAUACACAAGAUCAGGAUCACCCUUUCCUCCAAGAAUGUCAAGAACCUCGAGAAAGUGUGCACGGAUCUUGUUCAUGGUGCAAAGACCAAGGAUCUCAAGGUCAAGGGACCGGUGAGGAUGCCCACCAAGGUUCUUCACAUCACCACGAGGAAGUCCCCUUGUGGAGAAGGAACCAACACGUGGGAUAGAUUUGAGCUCCGUGUUCACAAGCGAGUGAUUGAUCUCUUCAGCUCUCCAGAAGUGGUCAAGCAAAUUACCUCGAUCACCAUUGAGCCAGGCGUUGAGGUUGAGGUCACCAUUGCCGAUAACUAGUGCGCUUUCGGUUAUGUUUUGCUGAGCUGCAUUGGUUUUUCUUUUUUUUGCCCUAAGUUCAAAGUUCUGAGAACAAGAAAAUGCGGUAUGGUGACGUUUUUAGGGCGUAAUUAGCAAGUUAAGAUGUUUCUUGGAAUUCUAGUUAAUUUUGUGAUUUUGGAUCUGAUAUAUGGCGAGGUAUCUUUAAACAUGUGAUUCAGUUAUCGAGAAAUGAAUUGUUGUUUUGACUCGA